UCUUGCAUCCUGCCACCAAGUUACAGAUUGUCUCGGAGGCUCCUUUGCACAGAAUCUUCGGUCUUCUCUGUUGUGAAACUUGGGAAUUAUCCCUUGCUUUGAUUGACCUAGUGCUUAGUGCUGGAUCUUUUGCUGCCAUGAGUAGUGCCUUUAUUCUGUCCUUCAGUCCUUCAGUUGCUUUUUCCAGCCAUUGGUAGGAUUGUCUUAUUUCUGCCACCUCUGCUAUCUGUAGGUGGUACAUUCCAUGGAGGGGAUUUAGAGCCUGGGAGUCCAUGAUUCAGCUCAUCAUUGGGGGCUAUUGCUGGUACAUAUUCAUGGCUGUGCCAUGUCUCAUCCUGGACGGUGGAUCUUACAUUUUGUAAAGCCAAGUGGACCAACCAAAGGGAUGUCCAACCAAAGUGAUCAAGACUCCUACACAGAGGAGCUAGAUGAAGACAAACUUCUGGCAGGCCUUUCAGCUGAGGAGAUCCAACAGCUUCAGGAUGAGAUGGAGGUUAUUGCCCCCGAUGAGAGGGUACCGGCAGGAGUUAAGCAGAGGGACGUGGUGGCUCAAGCAGGUAACAAAGAGCAGAACACAGAGGAAGAGGAGGAAAUAGAUGAAGAUGAAAUUCUGGCAGGUCUAUCUGCUGAGGAACUCAAAGAACUCCAGAAUGAGAUCGAGGUGAUCGCACCUGAUGAGAGAGUGCCAGUAGGUAUGAGACAGAAGGACCAGACCGAUAAACCUCCAACAGGUUCAUUUGACCACAGAUCACUAGUGGAGUACCUCUACUGGGAGAAAGAGUCUAACCGUCUGCUAGAAGAAGAAAGAGUCCCCACAACCCUGCUGCCCAGUCGAAAAAAGACAGAAAAGGAAAUUAGGAAUGGAGAGGAAAAAGAGGAUGAAAACGAUGUGGAAUGUGCGUAUGAAGAGACAGAGGAGCAGGUUGGAGGUGGCAAGGGAGAGGAAGCGACAGAGGAGGCGAUCGAGGAGGUGAUAGAGGAGGUGGUGGGGGCGGAAGACAACAGGGUUGAGGAACAAAACAGACAGCCCAUUAAAAGAGGGAUGGUGAAGAACGGCCCUGCCGUGUCUGUCACCUCUCAGGAAAUCUCACAGCCCCCGCCACAGUUUUCUGGUUCCAAGAACGGGGGAGAAGCUCCUAGAUCAGAACAGAAUGAACGAGAAUUGAUGGUAGCUGACGAGAAGCGAUCAGACCAGCUUCAUUCUGAGCCUGCUCCUUCUGUUUAUGAGAACUGGGUCCCUGAGAAAGAGGAGAGAGUGAUAUCCAAGCUCAAGAUCCCAAAACUCGCACUUGGUAAUGGUUUGAGCAAAAAGACUGCAAGGCCCUCUGGGAAUGAAACUAAUCUGGAGAGAACUCUGGACAAGAUCCGUAAGAACAACCCCUCUGUCACUGACGUCAACCUAAACAACAUUGAAAACAUUCCUAAAGAAAUGCUCCUGGAUUAUGUCGAGGCACUCAGGAAGAACAAGCAUGUAAAGACCUUCAGCAUUGCGAACACAGGGGCAGAUGAAAAUGUCGCCUUCUCCCUGGCCAACAUGUUGCGUGAGAACAGGAGCAUCACCACACUGAACAUCGAGUCUAACUUCAUCACUGGAAAAGGUAUUAUUGCAAUAAUGCGCUGUCUACAAUUCAACGAGACUCUGACCGAACUCCGCUUCCACAACCAGAGGCACAUGCUCGGCCACCAUGCAGAGAUGGAGGUGUCUCGUCUCCUCAAAGCCAAUAGCACCCUUCUGAAGCUGGGCUACCACUUUGAGCUACCGGGCCCUCGGAUGGUUGUAACCAACUUGCUCACCAGAAACUUGGACCGCCAGAGACAGCAGAGGAAGGAAGAACAGAGGCUCCAGCAAAUGAAGGAGCGACAGCAGAUUAUGGAGAUGUACGAGAGCAGUCUGAACUUGCCUCCUGGUCUACUGCAGAUGCUAGGAGGAUACAUUCCUGAGACGGCGUUUCUACAAGCCGCCCAGGAGCCUCGGGAGGUUCUGCCAAGAUCUCCAGAGCCAUCCCCAGUGUCCAGCCCCAUUCAGCAGCUACGAAACACGCAGCCUUCUCCUCGGCAGCCUCCUUCCAGCUUGGCUUCAGGCUCAGGCAACCCGCUGAAAGAUGUGCAACUUAAGAAGACUCCCAAACGACGCGACCCCUUCCUGGAGCUUAACCCUGGAGAAGAGAGGCGAAAUGGAAGAGCCAACAUUCAGCUACGCAGCACUCCCAAGCAGAGGAGCGCAGCAAGCGAAGGGCCCACAGAUGACAAAGCCAACCUGAGGGACAUGAUAAAGACACUAAAACCAAUUCCUCGAAGGAGGCAGCCACCCAAAGUGGAUCUAACACCACGUGACCUGCUCCUCAGCGAAAUUCGACAGAGCAACGUGGCCUAUCUAAAAGCCGUGCCUCUUCCCAAGGUUCUUGAGUCCAGAGAAACCAGUCUUUUUUGAGGAUCGUAUGCUUUCAGGUAGACUGCACACAUCAGCAUUCACCACCGAAGGGCAGCGGUAUAAGGAAAUAAACCAUGAAGACAUUUAAGUCUGCUUUGGCGCAUUUAUGGAAACCAGCUGGUUCAAUCAGUGGUCAAGAUAUUUACUCAACUAUGCAUCAGUUCUUAGUUUCAAUAAUUAGGCUUCCUUCUUUUUUAGAGAGAGGAUAAGUAAUAAGUGAUGUCUUGCCUGUACCUGUAGACAAUGCUGCACUAAUCAAGUACACCUGGACGAGCUAUAUAGUGCCAUAAUAAAUGGCACUGUAUAGUAAUAAAUCAGUCUUGAAUUACUAUUGAGAUGAAUGAAACUAUGUUCUUUAACAGCAGUUUCCAUCAACUUGCCAUUGUUUCAUGACACUGAAGUUAAUCAAGCUCUCUAUGGAGUUACAGUUCUGCUAUUUUAAUUGGACAGUGACACUUUCUGUGGUUUGUCUUUGUACUCCAGCACUUUUGAUUUGAAAUGACUUUAUGUGUGGCCAAUGUAGCAAAGUAUUUCCUUUCAUCCAGACUACAUAAAUUUUGGAACCAUGUGAAACCAUAGCUGAAGAACACAAAACUGCAUAUUUAAAAGUGUAGUCAAAGGCGUUUAACGUAUUCAGAUGGAAGGUUUUGCUCUGUGGUAUAACAGCACCAUAUAAAAAUCACGUAUAUAUAUUUAUGGUACUUUUAUGUCAUAAACUGAAUAUACUGUUAGAAUAUA